CCAACAUGUGCCUGCUGUUUAGUGCCCAGCGGGUGUGCCUGAUGCUGCUCCAGUUGUACACGGGACUCCUGCCGUUCAUUCCCCUCAAGGAGACACACCUCGAGGUCUUCAUGCCAGUACAAAUGAUGAGGAUAUACAGCAAGAACUUUGGUGAGAAAUGGUGGUACUCAAUUAUCGCUAAGAUUGCCAACGCUCUGCUCAUCAGGCGGUCUUUGUUUGAGCACCUAUCAAAGCGAGGCAUUCAGACCUACCUCUGGGUCAUGAACUCAGAAGAAGAUUUCCGCAGUGCCUUCGAAGCGGGAGCGACUGGCGUCAUGACCGACUACCCGACCAAGCUGAGAGCCUUCCUCGACUCGAACCCACAGUACACGCAAGAUCACAAACUCAGUUAAGUUCAUCCGUCUUGAAGAGGAGGAGAAGAGAGAGAGAGAGAGGAGGACAGAACGUUCACACAAGCCGACCAUUAUUAUCAACAAGGGGGGGAGGGGGAUGUGAGGUGUUCUUGUGGCCAGCUCUCCCAAACCCCCCCUUUUUUGUGCAGUAUAACAAGUGGCUGUUUAAAAAGGAAAAAAAAGAGGAAAAAGGAAAAAAAAAAGAGUCGCAGUGAAAUCAUUCAGGGUAAAAAAAAAAAAAAAUGUGCACAUAAACAUUACAUGAAGAAUGUAUAAGACAAUUACUCACCCAUCCUAACCCCAGCAAUGUAAAUAUGGCAUGAAACUUUCACUUGUCACAAUCGGAUUGCGAGCUAUAGACCGAAAUUACAUGGUUGCUACUAAGGAGAUUAGAAAAACGGUUGUUCUCUCUUUACUUUUCUUAAUUCGUUACUUUAACUAUGGAGGUCUUUCAUUGUUGUCGUUUUCUCUCCUUUUUUGCCCACAGUCUCAGGAAGGCUUUAGUUUCUCGUGCAUUUACAUGCUGUGCAGUUUCUUCUGAGUUCUCUCCUUAAAACCACUUUGUCUGCUGCAUUUGUGCUUCAUAAUCAUACACUUUAGGUAAUUUAAAAGUGGGAAACAGUAAUUUGCAAGGCCAGAUAUUUGAGAAGACAUCUGAAAGCAAAUCAUACCUGUAAUAACUAUGGUAUAUAAUUCUACGUGACUUUUUAUUUAUUUAUAUAUAUUUUUAUAUAUAUAUUUGCCAUUGUAGAGGCAAUAUUUCACGUACAAGACCAACAGACUAUCCCGAGAGUUCUACAGUUAUUAACUAAUGAUGCUGGUAAUGUUGCAUAACAGCGUCGUCAUCUUUUGAGAGCAAGAACAAGAAGGGAAGAAAUUCACGAUCAGGAUCCUUACUCCUGAAGCAGCUGCUCAAACUAGCUUCCACCGAGAAGGUAACCAAGGUGCAAAAGAUUGUUUAAGAGUUCUUUUACAUUAUUAGAUUAAUGAAGAAAAAGUAAACAAAAGGAUGAAAAAAGAGAGAGAGAGAGAAAACAGAAAAGUGCUUCUGUUUAUUGAAGACAUUUUAUUUUUAUUAUCAUUAUUAUUAUUAUAAUUAUUAGUUUUUGAUUAUGUCUGUGUGUGUUUUAUCACUGUUAUUACUUAUUUUUUAAAAAUUCUAGUGAUGUUGGCCUUGUGAUAACUUCACCAUACGCUUUUAUGAGGUGGGAGGAGUCAGCAUGCAUUAUCCCCCACUUGACGCAUACCAUGAGAUUGACAAGGGCUUGCUACCAGUGCAUUGAGGAUGGCUUGCAACUAAUGGUGGCUUUUUGUAGAUAGAGUCGUUGCAAGGUCAUGCCAAAAUUUAUAU